CACGUUCAGAAACCAGUACCUAACUAGAAUUCCGAACGCGCGGUCGCCAUGCGAGUCGUUGAAACGAUUUUAAACGAAAACGAACAUAUUCCAAAUUCAAAUUAAAACCUUAUUUAUUUCGAAUAUUUUUUAGUACACCAAUGUUUGCAUCGAGUUUUGGAAUAGUGAUUAUUAUUUGAAAAAGGAACGCGAUUGUUAGCAUAUGGCCAGUCCAAGGAUGUGAACUUUUUUAUUUUUUUUCCUAUAUGAGUGCUGCAAAGGAAUGUGGUUUUUGUGUCCAUGCACAUAAGGACGUGUGUUCCGUGAUUUGUGCGUGAAGGUGCCUUUGCAAGUUUAAGUUUUGUUUAAAAAUAAGUUUUAAAAGACUGAAAAAUGUGGAGCCUCCUGGUGGUAGCGGCGCUGUUCGCGGCCGCGCGUUCCAAGCAGAUACCCUCCAACACCGAAUUAGCUACGACCACCGUAGCUACGGCCACGGAGGCGAUCACCGAUUGGCCCGAAGCCCUGGCGCCCCUCGACACCCUCGCGGUCGCGUGCGAGAAGGACAACAUGCACGUCACCGUCUCGCUCGCGCACACACUCUCCCACCCCAACAGUAUACACGACACAUUCAACGGUAUAGUGUACCCGGCGGGCCUGGGCACUAACUCCACGUGCCUCCGCGAGUACGUGUCCGCCAAGGGUGACUUACAGUACACCCUACCACUGAAGGGCUGCAACACUAUGUCUACCGAUAACGAGGACGGCACCGUGGAAUACUUCAACAACAUAAUAGUGCAGCCACACUUGCGACUCGUCACCGGCCAGGGCAGAGGCUACCACGUACGCUGUCGCUACCGUAGACGUGACCUAACGUUAUACCACAUGCACCGACCGAGAGCCGACCGUCUUACAGCCAAUAAUGGGAUUGACAACGAUGAGUAUGACGAGGAAUCAGGCCUGCUGCCAUCUGUCACGAUGAAGAUAUUCAAGGGGGACCCCGAAGAUAAGCAGGUGGCAUCAAACGUGAAGAUUGGCGACAGUCUAACCCUGGUGGUAUCGUUGGAGAAACAGAGGCAGUACGGCCUGCUGGUGUCAGAGUGCUCAGUGAGAGAUGGGCUGGGCUGGGCAGAGCAGAGUCUUAUUGCUGAUGAUGGAUGUCCUCUAGAUGGAGAAAUAAUGGGCCUCUUCCAGUAUUCUCGCGAAAAGCAAGAAGCACAUGUUUCAUUCCCGGCGCACAAGUUCCCCUACACGGCGAGUGUGUAUUACACGUGCGAAGUCAAACUGUGUGAUCUGAACCAUCCCACGGACUGUGAGCCCUGUUCCCACAAGAAGAACCGCGUCCGUCGCGACUCGGACGACGGCGCGCCGGCCACCGUGGAGGUGUUCUCAGGCCUGUGGGUCAACGAGGCGGACUCGCCUGAGGCUGACGAUGUUACAUCGGAAAAGAAAGAAGACACGAUUUGCAUAUCGCAGCGAUACUUCGCGAUCGGCAUAUGUAUAGCGGGCGUUAUUCUGAUGAUAUGCGUCAUCGCGGCCAUUGCGUGCAUACUCGCACGAAGACGGAACCCUAAGUCUUACUCAAGAACCGGCAGCUCCCUGUAUAGUACACUUCCCUAUACUAACACUGGUUACUCGCAAACGAGCUAAAAUCCCUGUCUGUCAAUAGGUACUUUUACCCUAUGUGCGAAAGGGACACAAAAUAUUUAGUAUGAAAAAAAGAGGGAGGGAAGAUAGGGUAAGCAGCCCUACUUAUGUCAUUUAGAUUUUAAGGUCAGCUGUCAAAGUGCGACUCGAAUUCAAAUUGGUUUUCAGGUACAACGAAAUUAGUUUUUUUGAAUAUUGCGUUUUGUAUGUAUGUUUAUUUGUGUGUGUGCUUUGCCAUCAUUUUUGUAUGUGUGUAUAUGUGAUUUUACUACGACUAAAAUACAAAAGUAACAAUGUAAGAGGAAUUUAUGAAAUUCAUUAAAAGGAGGGCAGAAAACCGCUAAUCAUAUAAUAUUUUUAUCUGUAUUAUCAUACUUUAAAUAUAGAAUGUUGCGUUUGGAAACCGCAACGAUUCAGUCAUUGUUUAGUCUAGGUAGGUACCGAAUAAAUUAAUUUUAAGUAAUAAAAAGCUAUAUUUAUCUCAUUUUUGUGAUAAUUUCGUGCAUUAUUAUCCGUCCAUGAAUUAUUAUUUUAAGUUUUACUUUUACUACCUAUUUUAUUUUUAUUGGAAGGUUGCCUUGCAUUACGUAAUAUAUUAUUGUAGUUUAUGUGGUAUGAAAAUUGUAGUCGAUUACCUACUACAGUAUUUGACUCAAUACUUCUCACAAUGUGAUUUUGAUUUUAGUUUAAUUUUAAAUGAAGACCUGCGAUAACUAUAAUAACCUUAUACUAAAACACAUAAUUUUAUGAUACAGGUUCAAAUACCAAUAUUAAACUUUAUAAUAGUUAACGCUGGUCCAUAGACUAUUUUUCUCGGUGGUGGAAUUUACUAUAUAUCUAUGGUUUAAAGAUCCCUCUUAAUGUAUUCAGCAUUAGAUACAAAAACCUGUGAUUUAUAAUAUAUGGUAUUAAAACAAAAAUAUUUAUAUCAUAAAUAUGAUAGUCCACAUACCUAUAAAUAAAUAAUUAGUCAUUUAUAAUCUGUAUGUUAUAAUAUAUACUUAAUCUGUGACAAUAAUUAACUUCUUAAUGGAUGCCAUAUUGAUUUUAAAUUCCUAAUAUCUUAGUAUAUACUUAGCAAAGUUAAUCCGUCCAAUAUAGGUGCUACUUUGUUGAUAAUUUAGCUAUAUUGUAUCGCUUAUUUUUGGCACAGACGCAGAUAAAAAGAUAGAUGCUAGAUAGAUGUGGAGCAAAUUGGUUCGAGUACGUAGGUUACCCUGGCAAAUUGUCUAUCUUUUUUUGACGUCUGUGAUUUUUGCUUCCUAUAAUUUUUUAUAACAACGAAUUUUGAUAUGCGUUUCAUACUUACCCCAUUGUUUUUAGUUAACUGUAUAAGUACUUACUAGUUUUUUUUUUGUUCUCAAUGGGGUUCUGGAACCAUAUCGAAACGUUAAACCGUCAAAGGUUUUACUGUGUACGAAUUUUUAACAAAUAUACUGACUUAAAAUA